AUGGCAGAGUUUUUGAGGUCUGGUUUAUCAAGUCCGAGAUCAUCAACAGAGUCAACAUCCAGUUCCAGCUCGCCGGUCAGUACUCCUGCCACCAGGUCAUCUACUCUGUUCGACACCGAGCCAGUUCUUUCUUUUGCUUCUCAGGCUCAAUAUGAAGAAUAUACUCUGGUAGUCGGCGGAUUGGGCUACAUUGGAAGCCAUACCACAUGGGAGCUUUUGAAGGAAGGAUUUAAUGUCAUCAUAAUCGACAGCUUAGACAACUCCUACCGUGGCGUUUUGGAUAAUCUCCACACCCUCGUCAAUGAGCACUUCAAGACCAGCUGCACAAAACCUUCAAUCGAAUUCUAUGAGGCCGACUACCGAGAUCAGCAAACACUCCGGCUUAUUCUCAAUAAAUACUCUAGACCAUCAAAGUCACGGAUAGAACCUCUGGGUAUAGAGACCAAUGCCAACAUACCUCGAUCGAGUAUUACCGGGGUGAUCCACUUCGCCGCAUACAAGGCUGUCGGCGAAAGCAUAAAAUACCCUCUCAAAUACUACUCAAACAAUGUCGGAGGUCUGGUUGACUUUUGCGGCGUCCUUAGCGACUUCAACAUUAAGCGAUUGAUCUUCUCCUCGUCUGCCGCAGUCUAUGGUAACUUGGAGGCAGAACACAGCCUUCGAAUACGGGAAGAGAGGUGCACCCACGAAAGGACAUCAUACGUCGACUCCCAGGGACAAGAAAGGACAAGUCUAGGCGGUAGCACUGGCAUUACGAACCCCUACGGCCGCACCAAAUGGAUGUGCGAAGCCAUACUCAACGAUCUGGCAACUGCAGACCCAAAAUGGACCAUUUUUGCACUCAGAUACUUCAAUCCUGUCGGCUGUGACGCCUCGGGCAUGCUGAGUGAGAGCCCCCGUGGCAAUCCUCAAAACCUAUUACCAAGCGUCGUGAACGUCAUGACUGGAAAAUCACCUUUCCUCAAUAUCUACGGCACGGACUGGGAGACAAAUGACGGCACCGCUGUACGUGAUUUUAUCCAUAUCACUGACCUUGCACGAGGCCAUGUCGCCGCGCUGCGUGCAGCUGCCGCUCCUCACAGUCAAUAUAGAUUCAGAGCCCUGAAUCUUGGGACCGGGGAAGGGCACUCUGUUUUGGAAGUUGUAGCCGCCAUGGAAAAGGCAUCUGGGAGACAGAUACCAUUAAAGAAAGUCAGGCGUAGAGAGGGAGACGUUGCGAAGUGUGUGGCAGAUCCUUCAAGAGCAGAAUCAGAGCUAUCUUACAGGGCAGAGAAGUCGCUUGCUACUGCUUGCGAGGAUAUCUGUCGAGUCUUACACAUUAUACAAGGCGCGGCAGGUUUGGCAGAAUGUUAA